CCAGUCAUCCGUUCUGUCACCCGUUUGCAUGUAAAGGGGGGGAAGUUGCGAAAAAACAAACGGUGAAGAAGGUUCAAGCUGCGCUCCUCUGCUGCUCCUGUGGCUCGGGUUUCUCUUUAGCUUUGGUCUGUAGCUCAACCGACUCCCUGAAAACCCUCCGGCUCAUCUGGAAAACAGGAAAGCAGAUUCAUCAGUCGGAAAUCACCUUUAGUCCUGAACAGGUGACUGGCGUCUGGGUCAUGGCAGGAAGAGGUGGAGCUACGAGACCUAAUGGGCCGAAUGCAGCCAGCAACAAAAUCUGUCAGUUCAAACUCGUGCUGCUCGGAGAGUCUGCAGUGGGCAAAUCCAGCCUGGUCCUCCGCUUCGUCAAAGGCCAGUUUCAUGAGUUUCAGGAGAGCACGAUAGGAGCUGCCUUCCUGACUCAGACAGUAUGUUUGGACGACACGACAGUGAAGUUUGAAAUCUGGGACACAGCUGGUCAGGAGCGCUACCACAGUUUGGCUCCCAUGUAUUACAGAGGAGCGCAGGCUGCCAUAGUGGUGUACGACAUCACGAACGAAGAAUCAUUUGCACGUGCAAAGAACUGGGUUAAAGAACUUCAGAGGCAAGCAAGUCCCAAUAUUGUAAUAGCUUUGGCUGGAAACAAGGCGGACCUUGCAAACAAGAGAGCACUGGACUUUCAGGAUGCACAGUCUUACGCAGACGACAACAGUCUGCUUUUUAUGGAAACAUCAGCGAAGACGUCAAUGAACGUGAACGAGAUUUUUAUGGCUAUUGCAAAGAAACUACCCAAGAAUGAGCCACAGUCUGCCGGAGCAACCACAGGCCGCAACCGAGGAGUGGACCUCGAGACUGCCCAGCCUGCCAAAGGGCCCUGCUGCAGCAACUAACCACCGACACACCAACGCACACCUCACCUCCCAACUAACUCUGCAUCACUUCUGGACAUGGGGCGCAUCCUUCCAAACCUCGCUCCUGGAACUGCUAAAGACUCUGUAUAGCUAUGUUUCUAAUACCGUUUUUGUUUUGUUUAUCUUUUACUUUUAUUUUUUAAGAAAAUAUAUGUACUUCAGUAUAAUGGAUGCAUGUAUCACUACAAAGCCUAAGUACACAUUUUUAACUUAACUCAGCAGGAAAGUUAACUAGAUUGAACAAAAGAGGAAGAGUGCUGUGCGUGUGAGUGUGUAUGUGUGUGUGUAUAUAGUUUAGUGUUAGGAAGUGAUUUAAAGCUGUGGAGGCACAGGAAUCUGACCCUGCUAGGGAUGGGUCAUAUUAAUGCUUGCUUUGGAGCACUCGUCGGAUGCUAGUAUUAGUCACGUGGUCCAACCGAAGAGUGUGUGAGUGCCAUAGUGUGGGGAAGAUGCAGAAAUCAGUUGCCCUGUGGAGGCCUGACCAAGAAUGGAUGUAUGUUCACCUGUACAAAUUAUACAGAGAAGCUGAUGUUCAUUAAUCUGGGACAAGCAUUUUUUUUUGUUAAAACUAGUGUAGCAUCCAAGUCUCCUGAAUCUCCUGCUUGUAAUUCUGAAUUGUGUCAAUCGGAAAUUAGCAGCUUACCUCUCUUAUCUUAGCACUUGGACGCAGCACCGAUUUCAGUCUAGUGUUUAUCAGUCUGAAAGGUAUUAAAGAAGUGAUGGAUGCCGAACGCGUUUGUUUCGCGAGGGCUUGGUCCAGACCUUUCCCCAGCUCCUGGUUCAAGUCUACCUGUUGUAUCUGCUUGUGCAGUACUGGUGCAGCGAUUAGGCAAGGAAUCCUCAUUGUAACUAAGCAUUCCUCCUUGUGCCUGAUGCCUGAAGUACAGCUUCUCCUCACUUCUUUCCUCCCUCGCACAAAAGAAUAUCGGUGCCUGGUGGCUUCGCUGCAUUCAUUGCUGUCGUAGAGAUGCUCUGUUGCUUACUUGUUGCUAAUUUGACGAAUAGCUCUGAGGCAUCAUGUUAUUUACUGAGGGAAACCGAAAUGAGGUUGGUGGUCGCUGAACCGUCUGAGUGUUAAGAAUAGUUAGGCAAAUAGUCCACCUUUACCCUAAAGCCUUAAUGUAGUCGGUUAGCAAAGCCAUGUUUGCUAGUUAUGUUUGUUGCUAAGUUUGCUUCUUUAGUUUUGCACUGAAGCUAUCAGGCUAAUGUAGCUAAGCUGCGGUUUGUCUCACAAAGCAGCUCUCUUAUUUUAACAUCUAGUUUGAUGUAACCCUGGAUUUUUUUUUUUCUCAGGAUGGUGGAUUACUUGCUGCUACCAGUCUUAUGAGUAUCUAAAUCUGGAUCAAAAGAGAAAGCUGUUAACUAUCGUUAGCCAUGUUAGCCAUAGCUGGAAUUUGUUAGGUUUAGUGGAGCUGCAGGAACCUUCACCCGCGUGCUUCAUAAAAGAGGCCCCUGAUUUGAGAAUACUCAACAGCUCUGCAUGGUUUGAGGCUAGCAAUUUAGGCAAGCUGUUGUAACUGGUGCAGCUUAAGUUUCUGCUGUUAGCUAUAUAAGCCUCUCGGCUCCAGGGAAGCCUUAAGAAGCAAACUUAGAACACCAAAAAUGUCUUGGCUGAUCAACUGCAGGUUCAAAAAUGGGCAAAUUUGGAUUUUUUCACUGAUCUAUUGCCUGCUGUAUGGACUACUGUUAGCUCUGCUCUCACUGUGUUUUUGUCUUUGUGUUUCACAUAUUCUAGUACUGCUUUGUCCGGGGCAAUGAGCAAGAGAAGAGCAGUGGGGGAGAAGCCCUCUUUGUUCUCUCAGAUAUGUGAAGGGUUUGGUGGCCUGCAGUAUCCUUCAUGAUGUUUGGGCCAGCCAUGAUUGUUUCACAACACAUGGCUGAUGCAGUAUUAAGAUGCAGUCUAGCCUUCGCGGCUAACGGCCGAUCAAAAGCGAUACUUUAAAGACUGCGCCCUUUUUAUUUAUUCGCUAUAUGAACAUAUUCCAGUCUUUGAGGGCUGCUCGAUAGUAAAGAAGACGAGACGAAAUAACCAAGAUUGUCGUAUGUGCUGUGGACAAAGGCCCAGAUCAAAUAUUAUUGUUCGAAAAACCCAGUAUAUCUUGAUACAUCUCAACUGCUACUAUACCAACCGCUCGCCAUGACAGACAGUAUGUAUGCACUCUUCUACAUUGUACAGUUCCCUUUAAAAAAGCCUUUCUUUUCACAAAUUGGUCAAAUAAUGUUUGAUGGUAGUUUUUUUUCAGUGUAUGUAGUGUUAUUAACAAAUCAACUUGACAUUUACCCAGUGGUCUGUCUUGUACUUCUUCUCAAGAUGCUAAAAGUUUUUUUUAUCGUCAUUAUUAUUUCUGAGGUCCUAUCUAAUUGCACAAGUUUGGGUUGUGUUUUUAAUGAGUUAUGAUGAGAUUUGGGACUGCUUGGUGUCUCCAGAGUGGGAUCAAACUCAAAUCGUCCACUGUGUGCUUCUGCUGCCACAGUUGGCUGAGGAUGAUUUAUCAGCAGAGCCAAAAAGGAUUCAGUGAUGAAACAGCAUUAAUCACUGAAGGACUGAUUUGUUUUUUUUAUGUCCAGGUACUAGUUACUAUUUCCAAUAAAGGGGGUGAAUUGUAUAUGGA